UGUGCCACUCUGUGCAGAUCUAAGAAUCUGAUGACCCAUCUUUAGAAUUUAGAAGUUUUAAAACAGUGAAAUCAUGGCUCAUUCAAAGACACGAGCCAAUGAUGGAAAAAUUACGUAUCCUCCAGGAGUCAAAGAAAUCUCUGAUAAAAUAUCUAAAGAAGAGAUGGUGAGGCGGUUAAAGAUGGUUGUGAAAACAUUCAUGGAUAUGGAUCAGGACUCGGAAGAAGAAAAGGAGCUGUAUCUAAAUCUUGCAUUACAUCUUGCUUCAGAUUUUUUUCUCAAACACCCUGAUAAAGAUGUGCGCUUGCUGGUAGCAUGUUGCCUUGCUGAUAUUUUCAGAAUUUAUGCUCCUGAAGCUCCAUACACCUCACCAGAUAAACUGAAAGAUAUAUUUAUGUUUAUAACAAGGCAACUGAAAGGAUUAGAAGAUACAAAAAGCCCACAGUUCAAUAGAUAUUUUUAUUUACUUGAGAAUAUUGCUUGGGUCAAAUCUUAUAAUAUAUGCUUUGAGCUAGAAGACAGCAAUGAAAUUUUCACACAGUUGUACAGAACGCUGUUUUCCGUAAUAAACAAUGGUCAUAAUCAAAAAGUACACAUGCACAUGGUGGAUUUGAUGAGCUCUAUCAUUUGUGAAGGAGAUACUGUGUCUCAGGAGCUUUUGGAUACUGUUUUAGUUAAUCUAGUGCCAGCACAUAAGAAUUUAAACAAGCAAGCAUAUGACUUGGCAAAGGCUUUACUAAAGAGGACAGCUCAAGCUAUUGAACCGUACAUUACUAACUUCUUUAAUCAGGUGCUUAUGCUUGGGAAAACUUCUAUCAGUGAUCUGUCAGAGCAUGUCUUUGACUUAAUUCUGGAGUUGUACAAUAUUGACGGUCAUCUCUUGCUUUCUGUUUUACCGCAGCUUGAAUUCAAACUUAAGAGCAAUGACAAUGAAGAACGCCUGCAGGUUGUAAAACUACUAGCAAAAAUGUUUGGGGCAAAGGAUUCAGAGUUGGCAUCUCAAAACAAACCACUUUGGCAGUGCUACUUGGGGAGGUUUAAUGAUAUCCAUGUACCUAUCCGGCUUGAAUGUGUGAAAUUUGCUAGCCACUGCCUUAUGAACCAUCCAGAUCUAGCAAAAGAUUUAACAGAAUACCUUAAAGUAAGGUCACAUGACCCUGAAGAAGCCAUUAGGCAUGAUGUUAUUGUAUCCAUAGUUACUGCUGCUAAAAAAGAUCUUUUGCUUGUAAAUGAUCACCUACUUAAUUUUGUGAGAGAGAGAACACUGGACAAACGGUGGAGAGUGAGAAAAGAAGCUAUGAUGGGACUUGCCCAGAUAUACAAGAAAUAUUCAUUACAGUCAGAAGCGGGGAAAGAAGCUGCAAAACAAAUUUCAUGGAUCAAGGACAAACUGCUGCAUAUAUAUUAUCAAAACAGUAUUGAUGACCGAUUGCUUGUUGAACGCAUCUUUGCUCAAUAUAUGGUCCCUCACAAUUUGGAAACAAAUGAACGAAUGAAAUGUUUAUAUUACCUUUAUGCAACACUGGACUCAAAUGCUGUGAAAGCAUUGAAUGAAAUGUGGAAAUGUCAAAAUCUGCUACGACACCAGGUAAAGGACUUGGUCGACUUAAUUAAACAGCCCAAAACAGAUGCCAGCAGUAAAGCUAUAUUCUCAAAAGUGAUGGUCAUUACAAGAAACUUGCCAGAUCCUGGUAAGGCUCAGGAUUUCAUGAAGAAGUUCACUCAAGUUCUGGAAGAUGAUGAGAAAAUAAGAAACCAGUUAGAAAUGCUUGUUAGCCCAUCAUGUUCUUGCAAGCAGGCUGAAGGAUGUGUGCGAGAAAUUACAAAGAAGUUGGGCAAUCCCAAACAACCUACAAACCCUUUCCUGGAAAUGAUUAAGUUUCUUCUAGAGAGGAUAGCUCCUGUGCACAUUGAUACAGAAUCAAUCAGUGCCCUUAUCAAGCAAGUAAACAAGUCUAUAGAUGGAACAGCAGAUGAUGAAGAUGAGGGUGUACCUACUGAUCAGGCAAUCAGAGCAGGUCUUGAAUUGCUUAAGGUCCUGUCAUUUACACACCCUAUCUCAUUUCAUUCAGCUGAAACGUUUGAAUCCCUUCUGGCUUGCCUGAAAAUGGAUGAUGAAAAGGUGGCAGAAGCUGCAUUACAAAUUUUCAAAAACACAGGAAGUAAAAUUGAAGAGGACUUUCCUCACAUCAGAUCUGCUUUGCUCCCAGUCUUGCAUCACAAAGCUAAAAAAGGCCCCCCUCGUCAGGCCAAGUAUGCCAUUCACUGCAUCCAUGCAAUAUUUUCCAGCAAAGAAACACAGUUUGCACAGAUAUUUGAGCCACUGCAUAAGAGCCUUGAUCCAAGCAACCUUGAACAUCUCAUUACACCAUUGGUUUCUAUUGGUCAUAUAGCCAUGCUGGCCCCAGACCAAUUUGCUGCCCCUUUGAAAUCCUUGGUAGCCACCUUUAUUGUUAAAGAUUUGCUAAUGAAUGACAGGCUUCCUGGGAAAAAGACAACUAAACUUUGGGCUCCAGAUGAGGAAGUUUCUCCAGAAACGCUUGUCAAAAUUCAGGCCAUUAAGAUGAUGGUUCGAUGGUUGCUAGGAAUGAAGAAUAACCACAGUAAAUCAGGAACUUCUACUCUGAGAUUGCUAACAACAAUAUUGCACAGUGAUGGAGACUUGACAGAACAGGGAAAAAUUAGUAAACCCGAUAUGUCUCGUCUGAGGCUGGCUGCUGCUAGUGCUAUUGUGAAGCUGGCACAGGAACCUUGUUACCAUGAAAUCAUCACAUUAGAACAAUACCAGCUGUGUGCAUUAGCCGUUAAUGAUGAGUGUUACCAAGUUAGACAAAUAUUUGCUCAGAAACUCCACAAAGGCCUUUCCCGACUACGGCUCCCUCUGGAAUAUAUGGCCAUUUGUGCACUGUGUGCAAAAGACCCAGUGAAGGAAAGAAGAGCACAUGCUAGGCAGUGCCUUGUGAAAAACAUAAACGUGAGAAGAGAAUAUCUGAAGCAGCAUGCAGCAGUGAGUGAAAAACUAUUGUCACUUCUACCAGAAUAUGUUGUUCCAUAUACUAUCCACCUUCUGGCACAUGACCCAGAUUAUGUGAAAGUCCAGGAUAUUGAACAACUUAAGGACAUUAAAGAGUGCCUGUGGUUCAUACUGGAAAUACUGAUGUCUAAAAAUGAAAAUAAUAGUCAUGCGUUUAUCAGAAAAAUGGUGGAAAACAUUAAGCAGACAAAAGAUGCUCAAGGACCAGAUGAUCCAAAAAUGAAUGAAAAACUCUACACAGUUUGUGAUGUAGCAAUGAAUAUCAUUAUGUCAAAGAGUACAACAUACAGUUUGGAAUCCCCUAAAGACCCAGUACUUCCAGCUCGAUAUUUCACGCAGCCUGACAAGAAUUUCAGUAACACCAAAAAUUAUCUCCCUCCGGAAAUGAAAUCUUUUUUCACUCCUGGAAAGCCCAAAGCAGCCAAUGUUCUUGGAGCAGUUAAUAAGCCUCUUUCGGCAGCAGGCAAGCAGUCCCAAUCCAAAUCUUCACGAAUGGAAACUGUAAGCAAUGCCAGCAGCAGUUCAAAUCCAAGCUCUCCAGGAAGGAUCAAAGGGAGGCUUGACAGUACUGAGAUGGACCACAGUGAAAAUGAAGAUUUCACAAUGGCUUCACCUUUACCAGGAAAGAAAACUGACAAGAGGGACGACUCUGAUCUUGUAAGGUCAGAGAUGGAGAAGCCCAGGGGUAGAAAGAAAGCAACCAUCACAGACUCAGAAGAGAAGUUGGGCAUAGAUGACCUGAAUAAAUUGGGGCAGGAACAGAAACUUAGAGGGAGUCAGCGGGGGAGGAAGAGAGCUGCAGUUGUUUCAGAAUCUGAUGAAGCACAGUGGCCAGAGGAAAAGAGGCUAAAGGAAGAUGUAUUAGAAAGUGAGGAUGAACAAAACAGUCCACCAAAGAAGGGAAGAAGAGGACGACCUCCUAAAGCAGCUAGUGGGGGUACACCAAAGGAAGAACCAGCAGCAAAGACAUCUAAAAGGGGCAGAAAAAAAGCAGUGCCCGUAGCAUCAGUAGUGGAGGAAGAGGAAGAGGAGGAGGAGGAAGGGCAAAGUGAAAACGUGGAACAGAAGCCAAAAGGCAGGCAAUACAGGACACCAAGAAGAGCGCAACAAAGAGUAGAACCAUCUGAAACUAGUGCAGUUGAAUCAACACAGUCUACACCACAGAAAAGACGAGGAAGGCCACCAAAAACACCACCAUCACAGCAAAAAAAAGGCCGUGCUGGACGCACCAAACAAGCAGCAAGUAAAGAAAAUGAAUCUAGUGAAGAGAUGGAUAUAUUUCAGGGCAGUUCUCCUAUCAGUGAUGACAUUCCCCAAGAAGAAGUAAUGGAGGAAGAGGAAGUUUCCACUAUCAGUGUACGUCGCAGAACUUCCAAAAGAGAGAGGCGAUGAGGAAGCACGUAAUUAUCCACGUUCCAAGGUGAAAGCUUUGAAGAAUGUUCAUAAUUUGAAGCUUGAGGCUGAAUGAAGCUGUUAGUGCACAAAAUGGGGUUGCUGAAGACAAAAACUUACUUUACAUUUACUACCCCUAUGUUUGCAGUCCCUAGGUCACAAGCUUUAGCCACACACGUUGAUAUCAUUAACUGUGGAUUUUUGUGAAGUGUAAUGUGCGCUGCCUUUGUAGACAUAUGAACUAAAGAAGAAAAGUGUAAAUAGCCCUUUUUUAAUGUUUCUGACUUCUGAAGUGCUUGUAUAGCUUUUAUCAGUGGCUUUAAACUGACAGUGCCCAACUGUUUGUUAGAUCUGUUGAUUUAAAAAAAGAAAAACAUUUUUGUUAGAAUGGAUCUCAAGCAAUAUCUGUCAGUGUUCAUAUUUGUACUCUCCUUGACAUUUAACUGUGAAA